AACUAGCAUCUUAGCAUGUCUGCUGCUCUGGUCACUACGUCACACAAGGUUGUUAAGUUCCUCUUACAAGAACAUUUCAUGCCAUUUUAUUGUAAGAAGACAAACUGGAUGCUUGCAAUUUGGUUUAAAAUGGAAGAAGCACCAAAAAUACUUGUGACGGUUCUUCUAGAUGGCACAGAGAUUUGCAAGAAGCUCUUUCAGCUAAGGAGUGCUGCAGAAAUAAUUGACACUUGCAAGCGUCUAUUGCCUCGUGCUGCUGAAUAUAAAAGAAUUUUACAAUUCAAUGCUGAUUUCAAUGAAUUUAUUGAUAUAGACCUUGGUGACAACAUCCAAAACUUGGACAAAUUUCAAGUUUUGUUUAAAUCAAUUAAGGGUGGACAACUGACUGCAAAUGCAGAAGGUGCAAGUCAUCAACAGAAUGUAUGUUCAUGUUCAUGUAAUAUUUUAAAGGUUGCACCAAGAAACACACAAAAAGCUGCUCGAAGUUCUCAAGAGAAGCAUCCAUGUGAACCAAUUGAUGUAGACACACUGAAAGCAUUAAUUGAGAGGAAAAGUCCAAGUAUACUGAGUGAUUAUGAAGCUUCAGGAAUGCUCUCUGAGAUAUCAAGAAAACGUCUUGUAAAGAUAGCAGUUGGUGGGUUGGUAGAGCGAAGCGGAUUCUACCCUUCUAGUGAUGAGAAACUGAUGUUGGCAAAAAGUGUGGUGACACUGUUCCCUUCCCUAAAGAUCAAGAUGGGGGAUACAAAUGAAGGAUUUGAGCAUUUCUAUGACCCAGUGUCCCACAGUGGCUUCAUUGAGAUUAAACUGAGGAAUCUACGGCGGAAUCUUCACGAUGAUCAGCGUCGCUAUCAUCGUAAACGCUGCCGGAUGAGUGAUACGACUAAAGAGUCUAUCUCUCUUGAAAUGAGUGCUGAAGAGGAGGAGUCCACUCAGGUGUGGACAACUGUGAUCAAAUGGAUGAAACCGUCACCAGAAAACCUGACUACCAUCAAAGUGGGCAUGGAGAAAACAUACACCAGUCGCAGGUUAUGGAUUGCGAACAAGUCCCUAACGGUGAACGAGAUUUUUGAACAAUAUCCUCGUUUUGCAGACAUGCCAUAUUUGCUUGACACUGAAUUCGAGAAAAUGUUUCCUGGGAAGGGGGAACUCUUUCUUCUAAAAUGGGAAGGGAAUAUUGUUCCAAAGUUGUUAAAGAUGUCCUCAAUGAAAGAUCUUGCUGUCUUUGCAGCUUGCAACAGUAACGAUGAAUCAUGCUACAGAGCUCUUCAAAUGCUGACUGAACUGCUUCCACCCACUGCGUCAGGAAGAGGCAAAGGCUGGGCUAAAUGCAGUGUAAAGUCAGCCAUUACUUACCUUUUGGACAUCAAGCAGACUGGAACCAGCCUCCAGGAUCAUUCUCAACGAAUUGUGGAAAACCAUCAACCCCACCUUGUCUGUUUAGGUUCCCCAAGUACGACAGCGCAAUACAUCAUUGUGGCAGACAAUGACAAAGUUACCAUUCCACUUGAAGAUAACAAUAUGACAUGCGCCAUUGACAAGCUAUUCAAACUGUACUGGGUUUGCAACCUGACAUAUCCCCUUCAACUUACAUCUGUUUUUAAUUUUUUUGAAAAUGUUUAUGAAAUGCCUCUCUCUAGUGGGAGGAGAUCUAAAGUUGUGGAGCUCAUUGCAAAGCUUCAAGCACUUAUCUAAGCUAUAUACCACAAUGUACCAAUUUGUGCCAAGCAUAAAAAAUUUCAAAGGAAGUAAGGAAAUUUAUAGGUCAUCUCGGGCAUAUUCAUGCACUUUCUGAUUACAGGAUUAUGAUGCAAGAUGCUGUUGAAGAUGUAAUAACUACACGUGAUUUAUUUUAAGGACCAACUAUUUGUAAAUACAAGGUACAUGCACAUACAAUUGGUACAUGUGUAACUUUUCAAUUAAUGUAAUAUUUAUAUUGUAUAUUACUACGUAUAUUCAUUUAUGAAUUACAUUCAUGUUGUAUUUUUUGUAUUGUUUUUUUCUUCGUUAAAUUGGGUUGAAUAAA